AUGCAGAACGACGCUGGUGAGACGGUUGAAUUAUACGUCCCUAGGAAAUGCUCUUCAUCCAAUCGUCUUAUUGGUCCCAAAGACCACUCUUCGAUUCAGCUUGACAUUGUUGAUGUCGAUCCUAUCACAGGACGUAUGGUUGCUGGCAAAUCGACGCGCUACGCAAUAUGCGGUGCUCUUCGUCGCCAGGGCGAGUCUGAUGAUGCAUUGUUGAGGCUGGCUCAGAGAGACGGAAUUAUCCCUAAAAAUCUUUGA